AGGCCCAAAUAUAAAAUGCCUAACCCAAUCAGUUUACUGCUUUCAGUAGAAACUAGGGUUCCUUCUCUCCGUCGCCAUUGAUACGGUUGUUGCCGGUGGUGCUCCGACAGUUCAGUUAUUUUCGUCGGAUUUCUAGGGUAUCCACCUUGUUGUAGCAAUUUUUUCCCAUUAGUUGGAUAAAGAAAGCUCUUUAGAUAAACAGAAGAAUGUCUGGCAGAAAAGAAACAGUUCUAGAUUUGGCAAAAUUUGUUGACAAGGGUGUGCAAGUCAAGCUUACUGGUGGGAGGCAAGUGGUAGGAACACUUAAAGGCUAUGACCAGCUGCUUAAUCUUGUCUUGGAUGAAGCUGUGGAACACCUAAGAGAUGCUGAUGAUCCCCUGAAGACUACCGAUCAGAAACGAAGUCUUGGCUUAAUAGUCUGCAGGGGUACUGCAGUAAUGCUUGUGGCUCCAACAGAUGGUACAGAUGAGAUAUCCAAUCCUUUUGUCCAGCCAGACGGGGCAUAGAGGAAUCAACCUUGUUAUUUCGAAUUUAGCUCAAGUAUAAUGCUGUAAACAGUCUGCACCUUCGCCUUUUGUGCACCUUCGCCUUUUGUUUGCAAAUGUUUCCUGUUUCUAUUAGAAAAUGCUUCUUCUCGUGGAAAUUGGAGAUAAGUACUAUAUGGUAGCAAACUUGUAACUGCUCCUGCUCCAUUUUCGGUCGUUGAUACAUUUUCUUCUUGAUGUAAAGCCAUUUUAGUUCCCAUUUCACCUGUGACAAUGUCAGAUCUGUAUCAAACAUCGACUUCUGGCUUCACUGUUUCUCGAUUUGUGCCUGUCAUUCUUAAUGGACAGUGUAUGCCAAUCUUCUCUUAUUA